GUCGUGUCCUUUUGGAGUUUUAUACUUUCCGUUUUCACUGUAUUAUUCUUUMAAAACAAAAUAUGAAAACGUUACUAGCUGUAGCCCUAAUGGGCUGUGUAUUUAGUUGUACAUAUGGAUUAUAUUUUCACAUGGGAGAAACAGAGAAAAAGUGUUUUAUUGAAGAAAUCCCAGACGAAACSAUGGUUAUAGGAAAAUAUAAAACUCAAUUAUUUGAUGAAAACACCAAUGCAUUCCUGCCAUCCAGUCCUGGUAUUGGUAUGCAUGUAGAAGUCAAAGACCCAAAUCAAAAGGUUGUACUCUCCAAGUAUUAUUCGUCGGAAGGAAGAUUCACUUUUACUUCSCAUGCACCUGGUGAACAUGUUAUCUGUCUACAUUCAAACUCUACUCGCUGGUCCCUCUGGGCUGGUGGAAGACUGCGUAUCCAUCUGGAUAUACAAGUUGGAGAACAUGCUAACGACUACRCACAAAUAGCAGCCAAGGACAAAUUAACUGAACUACAGCUGAGAAUCAGACAACUUUUAGAUCAAGUAGAGCAGAUUAGCAAAGAACAAAACUACCAAAGGUUUCGGGAGGAGCGUUUCCGUCAAACAAGUGAAAGUACCAAUCAGAGGGUAUUGUGGUGGGCCAUGGCACAGACCUUUAUUCUUCUUGCUACAGGAUUCUGGCAAAUGAGACAUCUUAAAGGAUUCUUUGAAGCAAAGAARCUUGUGUAGAUGGAUUUGUGUAUUUAGUUAGCUGUUAUUUUGAUGUAUAAACCCCAAUAGAUUUCAUUUACUAGUGAUGAAAACAAACUGUUUGAUGAUGAAAGUUAUAAUUUACAGAAAUGAGAGUGUCUUCAGCAUUGCUCUCAGUAAAAUCUAUGGGGAGUUUAUACUAGUUUAAUAAAUACUUUGCACAAAGUACAUGUAAGUCAGUUGUGGGAUAACAGUUAUUGAUUUCUGGAGAGAGCAUUUUGAAAGGGAACACAGAGUCAUCAGCUGUCUCCUAUAUUCAAAAAGACAGGCAUUAUUAUUACUAUUACUACUACACAUAAAUAAUGAAAUGAUGCAGUCACUAUUCAGUGCAUUUCCAUUUCAUUUGUACAAAAACUCAACAACAAACUUAACUAAGGGCCAAAUAGGAUCAUGUAAUUGCUAUUGUUUAAGCUAACUUAUCUAGUAGGUAAUAUGCAUACAUUUAUACAGUGUAAGAGUUAAGAACAAAUUUAAAUUGAUGCAGUGAAUAUCUCUAUCUACUGUAAUCUUUAUAAAUAGGCCCAGAUAAAGGCAUUUUUAAACAAAUGGUUCUCACAAUGUUGAAAUCAUUACAACCAUUGCAUGUCAUACAAAUGAUUACUUUUUUAAAUUAUUGUCACUGAAAUACACUCUUAGUUGUCCAUUAAGAAUAAACACAGAGAGUACUAAAUUCAUUAAAAUGAAGUUUUUUUCUGUUA